CGAAGCCAAUAUAAAGUAGUUUGAGUUAAAUAGCUAAAAACAGUUCUGCAACCUAGCUUUGUCUUGGUUUCUUGUUGCUAACACUUAUUUGAAACCUAAAAUUUGGCUACAUACUCUUUCACAAAUCAGUUCUCUUAAAUCCUAACACAAUCUACCUUGUUUUGACACCAUAUCCCAAGUGGUCAUAAAUUUAAGUAUGAUUUUGGCAUGUGCAGUGUAUAGUAAUAGUACUCCUCCAAGUUAGUUUUGAGCUAUCACAUUUAUCUUACUGAAUACUAGAGCUGCAAUAUUCAAACAUGAAACUUGGGAUUUGAUUGUGACCACUGAUUAUGCUCACCAAUGAAUCCACUGCUCAACCUCAAUAGGGCUUCGUGCACCUAGUACGGAUUCACCACUUCUAUGUUAAUGUCUUAUUAACUCAUGUCUUCAGAAUAUAUACUAUACUAGCUUUUUUGCUCAAAUAGUUUCUUCAGUACGUAAAAAACAGUGUUGAUUCGAUUCGAUUCGAUUCCCCCUUUCACUCCUUUUCUCCUUUUCCAUAAAAAUCUCUCUUCUUUCACUGUUCUAGAGAGAUCCACAUCACAAAACUCACAUGCUUCAUUUUUCCAAUUGAGUUGUUCCCUUAAGGGACACAAUACAAUACAAGUAUAGAACUAGUUUAUUUAUUCAAUCACUUUCUCUCAGACAAAAAAAGCUAGCUACAAUUAAUGAUGUCAAACUCCAUGACCCAUCAAAAUCAAUUUGAGAACCAAGAACUACUAGGUGGUGGUUAUGUUUCAUCUUCUUUGAGAAACAACAAUGCAUAUCAUGAAUCACUUGGAACAUUUUCUAACAAUAUUGGGCUAGCACAAGGUUCUGAGAUGAGUCACACAAGACAUUUGAUGGAUCUACUUGGUGCAGCAAACGAGAAUAAUCACCAGACACAACAAGGCCUAUCCCUUUCUUUAGGCUCUCACAUGCUUGUUGAUGAAUACAGAAACCGUUCCUUAAAUCAAGGUCUUAUGAUCAAUCCAAGUUACUUCAUGCCUGGUCAAGAUCAGACACGUGAGCCUUGUAAUCAACCUGUGGUGGAGAAUCUAACUAGUGAUUAUUUUUUCAGUGGUGGAAGUGGAACUUUUGCUUCAGGUUCUAAUAAUAAUAACUCAUUAUUAUUGAACCGUUCUACUUCUACUUCUUAUGGAAGUGAGAGUUUUGGUUCUGUUAUUGGGAACUCUAGAUACCUUAAACCAGUACAGUCACUUCUUGAAGAUCUUGUUGAUGUUGGUGGAAAUGUGAUUGAUAGAAUGAAUGAAAAAUAUGCUGAGAAGUUGUUUCAUGGGAGUAGAACAGGUGCUAGAACACUCUCCUCUGAGCUCAAAGCAGAGUUGAGGAUUCAUGGACAUUUAUUGGCUGACAAACAUGAACAUCAAGUCAAAAUUGCAAAGCUCAUUUCAUUGUUGGAUGAGGUUGAGGGUAGAUAUGAGAAGUACUACCAUCAAAUGGAAGAAGUAGUAUCAUCUUUUGAAAUGAUAGCAGGUUUGGGAGCUGCAAAGUGUUACACUGCUCUGGCACUUCAAGCAAUGUCUAGGCAUUUUUGUAGCUUAAGAGAUGCCAUAAUGUCCCAAAUAAAUGCUGAGAAAAGAAAACUGUUUCAGGAUGUACCUAAAAUUAAUAGUGGAUUGUCUCAACUGAGCUUAUUUGAGAGAGAUAAUAAUAGACAGACUAGAAUGUCUCUCCAACAACUUGGAGUCAUUCAAAACCAACGACAAGUUUGGAGACCUAUUAGAGGGUUACCUGAAACAUCUGUAGCAAUUCUUCGUGCUUGGCUCUUUGAGCACUUUCUUCAUCCCUAUCCUAAUGAUUCUGAGAAGUUAAUCCUGGCUUCCCAAACAGGUUUAACCAAAAACCAAGUGUCAAACUGGUUCAUUAAUGCAAGGGUACGGCUAUGGAAACCAAUGAUAGAAGAAAUGUACAAAGAAGAGUUUGGAGACUCUUCGGAAGACUCCAACCCGCCAGCUAACAAUUUUAUGUCAAGGGAAGAUAGCACUGUGGAGGAUUAGGACUUAGAAGUGAAUUAUAUAACCUAUGAAGAUAAAAAGAAUUUUGUUUGAGAAAUUUCAAAAUCAGGAGAGAAUAUUAUUAUGUAACAUGACAAAAUGAUCCAAUGUGUCUUCAGGUGAAUUUACAGUUUUUGAAAUUCAUGACUUAUGAUGCUCUUUAGAUUAGUAACCAGACAUCAUUCGUUUUGACA